AUGUCUGUGACAGGAGCUAGUGAUACACAUUGUACAACUGAUGGCCAGUUCUCCAUAGCAGUCUCUAGAGAUGUGACUUUGCCACCACUGAUCCUGGACUCUCUGUAUCUGGCCAGUGGGCAUGGCAGCAGCUGUAUCCCUGUGGCCAAGAGUAAUACCUUUGUCCUGUACAGAUUCCCACUCUCUGCUUCUGGAACCACUUUCCAGGGAGAUGGAGGCCUGGGUGUGUAUGAAAAUCAGCUUGUGGCAGACAGGGAUGUGAGAAGCUGGAGCACUGGGACAGCACCUUCAGAUACUUCCACCAGGCUCCAUGUCAGCUGCAGCUACUCCACUGGGGACGUCCUCCCACUCAAUGUGGAAGUCUUCACUUUGCCACCUCCUCCUCCAGCCACUCAGUAUGGCCCCCUCACUCUGGAGCUGAGGAUUGCCACAGACCAACAGUAUAGUAGAGACUAUGUCAACAGUGACUAACCUGUGGUGAAACUUCUACGGGAUCCAGUCUACAUGGAGGUCCGAAUCCUGCAAAGAACAAACCCAAGCCUAGUUGUUCUGCACCAAUGCUGGGCCACCCCAAGCACUAAUCCCAUGCAGCAGCCACAGUGGCCCAUUCUGGUGGACUGGUAUCCAUACACAGGUGACAACUACCAAACAGAGCUUAUCCCUGUGGGAGCUGCUUCAGGGCUGCAAUUUCCAUCACAUUACCAGCGCUUUACCAGCACUAUCAGCACUUUUACCUUUAUGGAUUUUGCCUCCCAGAAGGCACUCAGUGGACUGGUCUACUUUCACUGCAGUGCUUCAGCCUGUGUUCCAUCUGCAAUGGAAUCCUGCAUAGCUUGCUGCCCUGAGACACGAGGCUCUAAAUUUGUAAUGAACCUGCUAAACAUCUAG